UAAUUUGUUGUCAACCAAAAUUAUAGAAAAACUAGAGUUGGGCGUAGAAUAUUUCCCAUUGCAUUCAUAGUCCGCCAUCUCAAUCCCCAGUUUCCCAUUUCUGAAGAGACCUUCAACGCCCUAAUGGGUUGCGCAUCCUCUGCACCUGAUAGAACUAUUAGAGGUCCAAAUGGUCUUAAUCCUGGCACUGAGGGUCUUCCCGAUGCCAAAAAUUUGAAAGUUAAGGUAUUUUCUGAUGCUAAUGGUGGUUUUAAGCUCGUGCUUCUCGGGGAUUCUGGUGUUGGAAAAAGCUGUAUUGUUCUUCGUUUCGUACGUGGUCAGUUUGAUCCUACAUCUAAGGUGACUGUUGGAGCAUCUUUUCUCUCGCAAACAAUAGCAUUGCAGGACUCAACUACUGUUAAAUUUGAAAUCUGGGAUACUGCUGGGCAAGAAAGGUAUGCUGCGCUUGCUCCACUUUAUUAUCGAGGAGCUGCAGUUGCAGUUGUUGUAUAUGAUCUAACAAGUCCUGAGUCAUUUACUAAAGCUCAAUAUUGGGUAAAGGAAUUGCAAAAACAUGGGAGUCCUGAUAUAGUCAUGGCUUUGGUUGGAAACAAAGCUGAUCUUCUAGAUCGUAGAGAAAUUCCUGCUGAGGAGGGAAUUGAAUACGCUGAGAAGAAUGGGAUGUUCUAUAUUGAGACCUCGGCAAAGACAGCUGAUAACAUAAAUCAACUCUUUGAGGAAAUUGCUAAGCGACUUCCUCGGCCUGAAUCAUCAUCAUCAUAGUUGGACCAGGGAAGAACAUUCUAACAAAUGGCAAAAUUUCAAGAAUGCCACCGUUGUAUAAAUUUCCAAUAUAUUUAUAUGGUAUGUUUAAGGUGAUUGUAUUGUCAUUAGCAAAUUGGAUUUUAAGUUGAUGUACAGCCAGUCACAAGAGUGGGAUGACUUAAUGUAAUGCAUAACCUUGUUAAUUUCUUUUAUCAUCUGAUAUUCAUGGUAAUUAUUUGUCAAUAAUACUGUGGACUUCUGGAUAUCUGUUGAAUAAACCCCUCUCUCGGCUAGUUCCUUGUGUUAUGAUAA